CAAAUCAAUUCCCAAAUUCCACCAAAUAUAAAAACCACACCUAAAUCACACACAUUCACACAAAUUCAAUCCCCAAUUCCAAUCCCAAAUCUCCAAGAUAGGGAAAUCUCAGUUCAUAGCUUUACCAUGUCAGCCGCCACCGCAGCCGCUGCUGCCGUCGCAGCAGCCGCCACCUCCCAAACCACAAUCAUUCCCUCCUCCUCCUCCGCCAGAACCUCCGCCGUCGCACCACCACGAAUGCUGCAAGUUUCUCCCGUCGCUCUUCCUCGAUUCAGCAGAUACGAUUCCCUAAAGAGACAUGACUGGACCACCUUCCGCCAGUACCUGACAAACCACCACCCCUCCCUUACCCUCUCUCGCUGCGGCGGCGAAAUCGCUCUGGAUUUCCUCCGCUACCUGGACCGGUUCGGCGAGACCAAAAUUCACACUGAAAAUUGUGAGUAUUUUGGGGAUUGUUACCCACCAGGUCCGUGUCCUUGCCCUCUGAAGCAAUCAUGGGAUGGUCUUGAUGGAAUCGUGGGUCGGUUGCGUGUGGCGUUUGAAGAGAACGGUGGGUUGCCGGAGAUGAACCCGUUCCGGGGAAAUGCGGUGAGGGUGUACCUCAGGGAAGUGAGAGAUGCUCAAGCUAGAGCUAGAGGGAGAGGUCAGUGAUGAUGUGAGUUUAAGGGCUGUGAAUUCAGGUUAUGGUGGUGGUGGCUUUGUUCAUUUUUCUGAUUCAAAUGGGGUUGAUCCUAGAAUUGUUAAAGUGUUUUCAAUUUUUUGAUCACUGGUUGUUUUGAUUGUGGUUA